UAGGCUAGUGAACUCUUGGACUCGAGGUCUACUUCUAGAUUAGAUCUAGUCGUCGUAAUUUUAUUGCUUACUUUGCAUUUUCUGAGAAGAUUUUUUCCAGCACUCUUAUCUUUUUUACGAACGACCUUUCUUUAACUUUGAAAAAUGGACAGGACUUUUCACUGAGAUUGACUUUGACUCACUGAAAAUGACUUGUGAAGAAUCUUAAAUCCAAUCAAACUGUAGGAAGGCCAAGACCAAAUGUACUAGAGCUCCUCGAAUUUCUUGUUCAACAAUGGCAAAACCGUUAUUAAUGAUAGGGAGGACUUGGAACAGACUGGAGGUACAGGCGUCAAUCUACUGUUGUCAGAGGAGCACUGUUGCUGAAAGAUAUGGCGCUUCAAGUACUUGUGAAGAGUAUGAAAAUGCUCAGCCGUUUUCAAAGAUUCCAGGUCCAAAAGGCUUACCGUUUAUUGGCAGCUGGCUGGAUUACAAACUGAAUCCAAAUAAAAUUCACAGACGGGAUACUCUUAUUAGGGAGAUGCAGUCAGAAUAUGGAGAUAUUGUGAAAGAAAAUAUUGCUGGUCGAGAUAUUGUACAUCUCUUUGGCCUCGACUUUAUUAGACAGAUUUAUAAUGCUGAAGGAAAGCACCCCGUGAUCCCGCCUUUAUUGUUCCCCGUAAAGCACUAUCGUCAUGAUAAAAAUCUUUCUCCAGGCCUUGGAAACAGCAAUGGAGAGCAGUGGUACAAACUAAGAAGUGUCGUUCAACAAGUCAUGCUUCGGCCCCAGAAAGCCUUUGACUAUCUUCCAAUGCAGAAUGAAGUUGCCAAUGAUUUUAUCUCCAAGAUAGAAUCUAUUCUAGACGAAAACAGAGAAGUGCCUCACUUUAACCGGUGGGUGGCAAGAUGGGGUCUUGAAUCUGCAGCCAAUAUCACUUUCGAUCGUCGCAUGGGUUUUCUGGAGGAAACUGGUCAUGCUGUUGCGGACAAAAUCAUCCAGAGUAAUUCAGAUGUCUUUGACUUGUCUUCCAAAUUCUUCUUUUCCCUUCCAUUUUACAAGUUCUUUCCCACUCACGGAAUGAAGAGAAUCUAUGAGUGUGAGGACUUCAUUUUAGGGGAAGGAGAGCGGCUUCUGAAGGAGGCAAUAAAGGACUAUGAAAUUGUCUUAAAUUCAGGAGAAUUAACAGAUGACAGGUUCCGCUUCUUGUCAUAUAUGUUAAGCAACGAUAGCGUGUCCUAUAAGGACAUGGCAGCUGUUGUCAACUCUGUUUUCACAGACACGUUAAGCACGACUUCAUUCGCCUUACUUUUCAACUUGUACAUGCUGGCAAACAAUCCAGAGGCUCAAGACAGGGCUUAUGAAGAGGCAAAUACUAUUUUAUCUUCGUCUGGUGAUGUCACAGUGGAGGGGUUCAAUUCUUCCAGAUACAUUAAAGCCUGCAUUAAAGAGACUUUCAGAUUUCUUCCUAUUGGUAUUGACAUUCAGCGUUUAUGCCCAGCAAACAUGGUCAUCGGAGGCUAUCAAGUUCCAGAAGGGACUUACCUUGUUUUGGAGCCACAUGUCAGCCAACAUGAUCCAAAGUAUGUUGCUGAGCCAGAAAAGUACCUGCCAGAGAGAUGGCUGAGGGAGGAGACUGGCACAGAGAAGACCCACCCAUAUUUGCUUAUACCUUUUAGCAUUGGUACAAGAAUGUGUGCAGGACGGCGAUUUGCUGAGCAGGAGCUGGUCAUGAUGCUGGCCAAACUUUUGUCUCAUUAUCGUCUGGAGUGGCACCAUGGACCGGUGAAUAUGCGUUACCGACUACUUCAAGUACCAGACAGGGAUGUUACAGUUCGGUUUGUUCCCCGAUAAAACAAAAGUUCUCUUACAGUGAGUUUUGUUUCAAAUGCCUUCUAAGUGUUUCAGAUUUCAGUUGUAUUUUGGCGUAUUUCUACUCAAUUAGUGGUUUCCUUUCCCCUCCCUGGCUAAGGAGCGGGGAAUAGGCCUACAACAGACUAUUGUCUUGUCCAAGGGUUUCCAUACUGCUGUCUGUUUCCCUUGGGAGCUGGCUGUAUGGACCUUAAAGGUCUUGAGGAACUCUACUUUGUUUUGUUUUGUUCAUGGUGUUCAAGAUUGAAAUAGUUGUGAAAAUAUUCUCUUCUAUGUAAUGCUUUGUUGUCAGUAUACAGUCGAGCACUGAUACCUCAAACACGUCAGGGGUUGACAAAUGUGAAGGGUGCUGACAAAAAGAGUUUCUUCUCGGAUUCGAGCCCUAUGGAAAUCGCUACAUCACACUUAUA